AUGGAUCUCUUUGUCGAUAUUGUCACCCCCAAUGGGCACAGCUACAAGCAGCCCACUGGACUCUUCAUUAACAACGAAAUUGUCCCUGCAACGGGAGGACAAACCAUCACCUCUCUUGAUCCCGCCACCGACAAGCCUAUUGCUACUGUCCAAGCUGCCAGUGCCGCAGAUGUUAACCGCGCCGUGGAAGCAGCCAAAGCGGCCCUAGUUCACCCCUCGUGGAAACAGCUCCCCGCUACAGAACGGGGUCAGCUCAUGGGCCGAUUGGCCGAUCUUAUGGAGGAAAACCGUGAAUUGUUGGCUUCUAUUGACGCAUGGGAUAAUGGAAAACCAUACCAUGUCGCUGUCGAUGAAGACCUCACAGAGGCAAUUACCACAAUCCGCUACUACAGUGGCUGGGCCGAUAAGACUUUUGGCCAAACCAUCAACACAACUCCACAAAAGUUCGCCUAUACAAUCCGCCAGCCCAUUGGCGUUGUCGGCCAAAUCAUCCCCUGGAACUACCCCUUGUCGAUGGCAACCUGGAAGCUAGGCCCUGCUUUGGCUUGCGGAAACACAGUUGUUCUUAAACCUGCCGAGCAAACCCCCCUAAGCGCCCUGAUUCUCGGUACCUUAAUCAAGAAGGCUGGGUUCCCUCCAGGUGUGGUAAACAUCGUCAACGGAUACGGCCGUGAAGCCGGCGCAUCAUUGGCAUCGCACCCACUGGUCGACAAGGUUGCAUUCACAGGAUCAACUGGGACUGCUCGGGAAAUUAUGAAGAUGGCUGCUGGCACUCUUAAGAACAUCACCCUCGAGACCGGUGGCAAGUCCCCUCUGCUCGUUUUCCCCGACGCAGACAUGGACCAAGCAGUCAAGUGGUCGCACGCCGGUAUCAUGUCCAACAAGGGUGAGAUUUGCACAGCCACAUCGCGCAUCUUCGUUCACCGUGAUAUCCUCGAUACCUUCACUGCUGCCUACAAAGCUGCAGUUGGAAGUGUCAAGAUCGGUGACCAGUGGGACGAGUCCGUCUUCCAAGGCCCCCAAGUCACACGUGCUCAGUAUGACCGCAUUCUCUCCUACUUCGAAAUUGCCAAGAGCGAGGGCGCCACAAUUCUCACCGGCGGUGCCUCCUAUAAGCCUACAGAUGCAAAGAAUGCGAAUGGAUACUUCGUCCAGCCCACCGUUGUCGUCAAUGCCACUGAUUCGAUGCGCAUUGCCCAAGAAGAAGUCUUCGGCCCUGUUGUGGUUAUCUUCCCCUUCGAUGACGAGGAAGAAGUCAUUCGCCGCGCUAACGAUACCACCUAUGGCCUCGGCGCAUCUGUCUUCACCCGCGAUCUGGAGCGAGCUCACCGCGUCGCUGCAGAGAUUGAGUCUGGGAUGGUGUGGAUUAACAGUAGCCAGGACUGUGACCCGCGUAUUCCAUUCGGUGGUGUGAAGCAGAGUGGUAUUGGACGAGAGUUGGGCGAGGCUGGUCUUGAGGCUUAUAGCCAGGUCAAGGCUGUUCAUGUGAACAUGGAAUGA